UCCGUCCGCCGCCCAGAAUAGACGCAGCACGCGCGUCCGCCGCGCCACACGCCGCCGCCCCACGCACGGCGCGGCCAAACACACGCACGCUAUUAUAAUAAUAAAAAAAACAAUAAAAACUUAUCCACCAAACCCACAAUAACUAGUGUUGUGACUCAACGUGUUUCGUAGUGUAACCGCUAGCACCAAAAACUAGUUACAGAAGUUCACGUAAACUAUUUAUAACCUCGUUAAAAGUGACUAAAUGUUGUGCCGUCGCUUCGGAAGUGGCCUUGUAUUGCACCGGUAGCUUACGGUUUUGUUUGACAAUGCAUAGUUUAGCCUUUUUGAGAAACAAAUAGAGAAACGAUGUGCCUUAUCGUGUAAUAUUGUUGUUGAUUGCGCGUGAUUCGGCGAUCCCAUCAUGCGGUGUUUGCGGUGGACCAUUGUUGUGGUACUUUUGGUGGUUCCUGAACCAGUUCCCGCGUGGAAAGGUGAUAUAGUAAAAGCAUGGGCAAGGACGUUGGGCGACGAACUAUGGAAGCUCAGCGAAGCCUUGACCAAGUCCGAUCAGAUAAGAAUGAAAUACAAACAAAUGAACGCUAGCGUAAAGAAAAAAGAUGGAAAACAAAUAUUGGAGUCGUCAUUGCGCUCCGUCAGCACCAUGUUGCAGAGGAAAAUCAAGGCUGUCAAGUGCAUACACGCGACAGCGCAGCGCCUGGCGCAGGAGUUUAAUUUCACGAAUUCUGACGACUUCCAAUACUGUUCAGCCAAGUACUCCACGUUCGAAUACGAGGACGAGAAGGCGGCUGAAGCUGCGAACAAGUACGAGAUCACAAUACCGCGGUUCGCUGUCGACAAUCCUAACUAUUUGAACAUUUCUUUGGAGAAGGAUUCACAUUUUUACGACAUCAGCGUCAAUACGAACAUUAGUUGCGUACAUGUGCCUACUAAUAUUUAUUACAAAGAAACUGAUGCUCUAAAAGCAAUAUUGUGGUCAAAAGACCUGAAUGAGAUGUUUACUAAAAAUUAUCAGUCUGAUCCAUCUUUAUCAUGGCAGUAUUUUGGGAGUUCUCAUGGUAUACUCCGCUUCUACCCUGGUAUGCCCUGGAACAGGAAAGAGACAGACACAUACGACUGCAGAGUCAAAUCGUGGUACAUCGAAGCUGCAACGUGCUCCAAAGACGUCAUUAUCCUUUUUGACGUAUCAGGGUCAAUGACCGGCUUCAAAAAUUACGUAGCAAGAAGAACGUUAGAAUCUCUUCUAGAUACCCUAUCCAACAAUGACUACGUAAAUGUGUAUACAUUUAAAAAUGUAACGCAAGAAGUAAUUGGAUGCUUCGGAGAUCUCGUACAAGCGACUCCGGAAAAUCUGAAUACGAUAAAGAAUACUCUGGAGCCCACGGAUAAUGGAAAAACUCAUAAAGUUCCUUUGGAAGGAAAUGCUAACUUAACAGAAGCUUAUACUAGAGCGUUCCAACAACUGAAAGCGAAAAGAGAUUCGAGAAGUGGUGAUUGCGACGUGAGCAGCACCCAAGGCUGCAACCAACUGGUCAUGGUCAUCACGGACUAUGUUCCUGGGAAUUUGACGGAAGUUUUUGAGGAAUAUAAUAGGGAGGUUGUGGACGGGAAGACGUAUAUUCCUGUGAGGGUGUUUACUUACCUCAUAGGGAAGGAGGUAACUAAUGUGCGGGAGAUUCAGUGGAUGGCGUGUCAGAAUAGAGGUUACUUCGUACACAUCCACUCGGUGGAGGAGGUGCAGCAGCAGGUCUUGAAGUACAUCAACGUGAUAGCUCGCCCCAUGAUCUUGGAGGGAGAAGACCCUCCACCCACGUGGACUCACGCUAAUAUUGAUCAAACGAGGACGGCUAAAUGGGAUGUAAGCAGCGAUGUGGAUAAGCCGGAUGAAGACAAGCUGGUGACUUCGGUGGCCAUCCCCGCGUUCGACCUGAAGUACAACGCGAAGCACAACGACGCCAUGCUGCUGGGGGUGGCCGGGACCGACGUCCCUAUAGACAGCAUCGCCAAGCUCGCACAGCCGCAUCAGCUAGGUGUCAAUGGCUAUUCCUUCAUCGUCAGCAACAAUGGUUACUUGUUGUUGCAUCCACUAUUACGUACUACGAUUAACGAUGAACUUCAAGCUAACUACAACAGUGUAGACUUCGUGGAGGUAGAACAAGUGGACGACGGGAAAGGCCCCAGGGAGUUGGGUCCGGAGAUCAAGCAGCUAAGAGUGAGCUUGGUGGACGGAGACCAUGGCGACAUGAGGGACAUCAGGGUGCUGUUCCAUUACGAUGAUAUGAGGCGGAUCUCUCGAGUGAGCCACGAAUAUUUCUUCAACAAAUUGGAAGGGACUCCAUUCUCCAUGGGCAUAUCCCUGCCCAAGGCUUAUGGAGACACGGAACUGCUGCUCAAGGAUAACCCUCUGGAGGCCAAGCAAGGCAAAGAGCUGACUGGAAUCAACGUUACGGAUUACUUCCGAUUCAGCUAUAGAGUACAUCCAGAUUGGGUAUACUGUAAAUACCACUAUUUGGAAGGUCACGAGUCGGAUAACGCCGAAGAAGAAAUCUGGAAAUUCCUCGUCAAUUUGUCCAUGAACAAAACUGAUAUCACGAAAAAACAGUACUCUGAAGAUAUUGAGAGCAACGACUUUGACGUAAAAAAACAUUGUGAAAAAGCUACACCUCUAGAAAAGGAUGAUUACUAUUGCAACGAAGAUUUAGUGAAGCAAUUAGUUUUCGAUGCCAAAUUAACAACGCCUUACUUCAAAACUUGGGAGGCUUCGAAGGUCGAAUGGAAUCUGGCUGAGAAGUACAACGUGAGCGUAAGAUUUAUAGCAACUUCUAGUGGCAUGACCAGGUGGCACUACAUCUUUGAAGAGGAUAAGAACGAAGUGGUAGAUGACUUUGGGAAUAGGCAUAAAAAUUAUACAGAUAAAGUAUUCGGCGACAAGUACAUCCUGGCUAUUGAAGAAACAUGGUACAAGGCGGCGGUGCUGCAACAUAUGAUCAACAAGGAUUCCCUUGUAGUCGCCACUCGGCUGCCGAUCUUAGACGAAAUCAUAAAGGAACGUCCUCCAGUGCAGGACGAAGAUGGAGACAUCACUAUGACGGCCAGCUACGCGAUAUUCUAUAGAGACGGUGAAAUAGAGACGCCGGCGUCGGUCGUCGGAUUUCAGUACUCGUAUUUGAGUUUUCAGAAACGGUUCGCUGAAAUCACCAACAUGACUACGGAACCUGAGUUCACGUGCGAAGGUAAGCGCUACCAUUGCUACGUCAUAGACAGCUCUGGGUACAUCGUGAUGUCUAAAGAGAUAGAAGAAGUGGGUCAGUUCUUCGGGGCCCUGGACAUGAACACCAAGUUGGUGAUGCAGUCCUUCCUGGAGAAACAAGUGUUCGAACACGUUGAUGUGUACAAUUACCAAGCGCUGUGUCCUCAUAGUUCGUUGAAGAAAACCACGGGUGAUGCGUGGAGUUUGGUUACGCCUUUCAGUUUAUUUUCGAACUUCCUUCGCUGGCUGGUCUUGGAGGCUGUAUUACUCCUGUCAAAUUUAUCACAAUUCAGCUGGCAGUCCUUGGCAGCCACCAUCGUAGUUGCUGAUGACUACGAUGAACUCAUAAUCGGGUCCACAGAGGAGCCAGCAGCCACUACACCGGAACCAAUCAAAAACGAGAGCAUCCACGCCAAGGAGGAUGAAAAGGAGAAACCUUUUUCGUGCGACCAUCAGAUCACGUUGUACAUUCUGAACCAACCUUUCUUCUUGGAAGCGAUGGGUGCAUCACCUGUAGUGAAGGAAGAUAAGCCUGGGGAAUGUCAUCCGAGGUAUUGGGCGUCGAUUGUGUCCAAAACGAAUCUGCUUUUGGUGGUGGUUGAUAGUAAAGAUACGGAUUAUGGAUACAACUGCAGUAUGCCGCCGGAGACGAAGCCCAUGGCCACUGAAGACUCCACGACCAGUCGCGAGCCGUGCCAUAAGCUGGAACUUGGGCAGUUGAAACGGCGACGUCUUGAAGGAUGCUUCACUUAUCAUGAAGGGGAAAGAAACAUAACCGCGUGUGGUAAGGGCAGCCUCGCGCACGCAGAUAUUACCCUGUUCAUCACAACCUCACUCAUCACGGCUGCAGCAGCCUGGCUCAUCUCAUGAUGACCAGUCGCACACGUCCAACACAUUUGUACCUUUGUUACUUUCUCAGUAAAAAUUGUUGCACCCUAUACUGUUUCUCAU